AUGGACAGCGCUCAAGGUAUGAAAGCUUUACCUGCUGAAGACGGAAGAAAUGAGGAAGAGAGUGGACAGGGCCAACCAGCCUGUGGAGUCAUAGCGGCAGAACGGGAAAAAGAAAAGGAAUUAAAUGGCGAAAGCCACUCUGCUGCAGGCACUUUAGGCCCUGUAGAUGAUGGCAUGAACAAGGAAGAUGGUGCUACCAAUGGAGACCAAGGGAGUGAGCAGCAGCCAAAGGAGCUGAUUCCUGAUCGUGUGGGUGGCAAGAGACUGCCGUCGUCUGUGCCAUGGCAGGUGCCACGACGUCGCCUACGCCAUCGAUUCACCCAGUGGCAGCUGGAGGAACUGGAGCGCAUCUUCCAGGCCAAUGGCUCCCUCGGCAUUAAAGCAAGAAAACAACUAGCCAGAUGGAUGGGUGUGAGUGAAGCCGUGGUGAAGAGAUGGUUUCAGAAGAGGAGAGAGCAGUACAGCAGAUAUAUGAGGCUGUGA